AUGCCUGGAGUUCCAUCGUCGCGAAGCUGUGAAGGCUGUCGCAAAGUGAAGAAAAAGUGCGACCAAGGCAAGCCCUCAUGUUCCCGCUGCGUGCGCCUCAACAUUCGAUGCAUUGGAUCCGGACGCCAGCGAUACAAGUUUCAAGAUGAAUCUACCGCAUUCGCCAUCGUCAACAGCCAAGUCAGCAGACGUUCACCUCCCACCGGCCCCGUAGAGUUCGGUCCCAUCAUCACCGUCCCAAGCAACAAGAUCACCAUCACCGCAGGAUCACUUGGCUCAGUUUUGGCCGUGACGGACCCUCGCUACGACAUCUUCAGCUUCGGAUUAUUCAUGCAAGAGCUCCCUCAGCGUCUGGGUUACAGCGCAGCACUGGAUGCCUCCGCUGCGGCCUUUGUCGGCGCCCUCAAAGACCUGCGCACCAAGCAACCGUCGGCGAAUACCAUCAAGAAGUACGUGGGGGCUCUCAAUGCAGUGCAAAAGAGCUUGAGUGACGAGAACACGGCGUACUCGGCCGAGACGUUGUGCGCGAUAUUCCUCGUCAUGGCUGCGCAGCCGUGGUUGUCGAUGAAGGGCGACCGACAUCCCAGCCAUGGCUUGGGCAUGUCACAAUUGCUCAAGAUUCUGGUCGAUAAGCAGCCGCAGGAUGAAUUUAUGCGAACGCUCAUCAGUUCCGUUAGUGUCGUGGUGAUUCUCGAAAAUAUAUUCAAUCCGGCGAUUGAGUUGGAGCCAUGGAUACACAAGGUACACACCCUAUCGUCCAAGGAAGACGAAGAGGCAGCGUUAAAGCUGGGUCUCAACUUCCGCUCCGUGGACAUGAGAUGGCUCUCCAAAAUCCCCGACCUCAUAUGGAACCCCAAGGAAAACAGCGAGACCAUCAAAACAUACUACGAAAUGAUACGAGCCGACUAUCCUGGGAUAAAGGCAUUCGGCGACAACGCCAUCGAAGCAAAAUGCAUUGGGCCGCCGACGUCUCUGCCUCUCAAACUUGUGCGCGCCCAGACUCACUACCAAGCCGCGCAGUGCAUCAUCCUCACCAUCGCCAUCACGUUGAACGCCUUUAUGAGUAAACACUUUGGCCCUGAUGAUCUGCUAGCCACGGAGAGGUACACAUUCUGCGCCGACGUCAUCCAGCUAUCAGAGAGGGCUAGACAUCGACGGCCGCUGGCUGCCGCUCAUGUUCCGCUCUGCCUCAUCACGGCGUGGCUGGCCUCGCAGGAUCCCGUUCAACAGAUACAGCUGGAACUGCUGAUGGACGAUUACGAGCAGGAUUAUAACCUUAUCGAUUUGGUUCGAAAUUCGACGCAGAUUGAGGAGGAGGGUAAGACGGGGAUUAUUCGUAAACUUCCGUGUUUUCCGAUGAAUAUUCUUGGGGGACAGAUUGAGACGGGAAUGGGGACGGGGGUCAAGGGUGGUCCUGAGGCUUAUUGCGCAGAGUAUUGUAAUAUUCUAUAA